GCGCAGGCGCCGAGGAUGGUUGCGCAUGCGCCGAGCCCGCCCGCCGCGCGGCCCGGCUCCCUCCGGCGCUCCGUACGAUGCCGCCCCUCGCCCCGCGGCGGGGUCAGGGCGCGGGCGGCCAUCUUGUGGCGGCGGCCCCGGCGGGUUGUUGUCGGUGAGGCCGCGCCGCGCCCCCCCCGCGGGCGGAGCAGCGCCGGCCCCAUGUCCUCCUUCUCGGAGUCGGCGCUGGAGAAGAAGCUGUCGGAGCUGAGCAACUCCCAGCAGAGCGUGCAGACGCUCUCGCUGUGGCUCAUCCACCACCGCAAGCACGCGGGGCCCAUCGUCGCCGUGUGGCACCGGGAGCUCCGCAAAGCAAAAUCAAGUAGGAAACUUACUUUCCUGUAUUUAGCAAACGAUGUCAUCCAGAACAGUAAGAGGAAAGGCCCUGAGUUUACCAGGGAAUUUGAAUCUGUUCUCGUGGAUGCAUUUUCUCACGUUGCCAGAGAAGCAGACGAGGGCUGCAAGAAGCCCUUGGAACGAUUGCUGAACAUCUGGCAGGAGAGGAGCGUGUAUGGCAGCGAGUUCAUCCAGCAGCUCAAACUGUCUAUGGAAGACUCCAACAGCCCCCAAACAAAAGUUGCAGAGGAGAAGAAAUCUUUAAAGCGAACUUUCCAGCAAAUCCAGGAGGAGGAAGAUGAUGAUUACCCUGGGAGCUACUCACCCCAAGACCCCAGUGCUGGGCCACUGCUGACCGAGGAUUUGAUCAAAGCCCUACAAGACCUGGAAAAUGCAGCAUCAGGAGAUGCGACAGUGCGGCAAAAAAUUGCUUCCCUGCCUCAGGAAGUUCAAGAUGUUUCUUUACUGGAGAAAAUUACAGACAAAGAGGCUGCGGAGCGGCUGUCGAAGACGGUGGACGAGGCGUGUCUGCUGCUGGCCGAGUACAACGGGCGGCUGGCGGCCGAGCUGGAGGACCGGCGCCAGCUGGCACGGAUGCUCAUCGAGUACACCCAGAACCAGAAGGAUGUGCUCACGGAGAAGGAGAAGAAGCUGGAGGAACUGCUGUGCUUUGAUGUUUGGAGAAGGUGAAGAGAAUUUCCAUCACUGAGAAGGAAUAUAAACAGAAGCUUGCUCGGGUAACCCAAGUGCGCAAGGAGCUGAAAUCUCACAUCCAGAGCCUUCCAGACCUGUCACUGCUGCCCAAUGUCACAGGAGGUCUGGCACCUCUGCCAUCUGCUGGGGACCUGUUUUCAACAGACUAGAACAAACCAUGUGCCCCAGUUUUCAUUAUUACCAGCAGAAGUAAGAAGACUGACGUUGGCUGGAGGUCCAGUCUUCCAAGAUCUGCAGUAGGAAGGAACUUGCAGACCCUGCUUUGAACCUCUUGGCUGCUCGUACUCACCCUCUCUGUGUGCACUGGCUCACGUGAGGGGAGGAAGAGGAGUGAGUUUUGUGAGCUCUAAAGGGAGUGGGGGUGGUCUGUUUAGGCAAACUUCUCUCAUCUUUUCCUGUACUCUUUAGUUGCUGUUUGCCCUUAGCACUUGUUACCCCCACAAAGAUCACGAAUCAUGUACACACAUACCUGGGAAGCUUCCAGAGGAAGGUUGACUAUGCAGCAUCUUCCCUCUGUACAGAUAUUGUAUUAUUUCUGAAUAAGUCUCAUCUGUUUUGGUUGGGUUUCUGAGCCCCAUCUCUGGGAGCAGUGGAAUGGCUCGUGGGCCUUGUAGGGAUGUGUGUGCAUGCCAGUCCUGGGCCACGUCAGGGGGAGCAUCUGCUCAGCAAUGGUACAGAGAAAGAUUUGUUCCUAAACCUGCAGUUCCUCAUAAUGCUGUGGCCUGAUGUGAAGGUAGUUCCCAUUUGGCAUGGAUGUAAAUUGAAGUCACAGGCAAUAAAAAUAAGCAGCUUUUCUUUGUGAAAUUAGAGGUAGACUCAUAAGUUACACUGUGCUGAGCAAAGCAGAACUGGAUGUUACCUAAGUGGGAGUGGAAGUAAAUUUUGUUCUAGCUACCUUAGAUUUAUACCACAUUUUUCCUCUUCGUUAUAUGAAAUCAGAUGGUAAUGGAAGCUUUGAUUUAAUGACCUGAGAGGCUGGAAUGGUGUGUGGCAGCUGCUGGUGUCCCUGUCACAGGCACUGUUAGGUCUGCUCUCAGGAUGGUUUCAUUGAAAAUCCAAUGAUAUCGACUCUCUCCGUAGCUUUAGUGAAGUUGUCUGAUGCACAGAUGUUAAAUGUGGUAUAAAUAUUUAUUUAUAUAGAAAAUAGACCCAUAUAUAUGCAUAUAUCCUGUAUGCACAUGUACCCUGUCCAUGCAUGUAGAUAUUAGAAGGAUGUACUUAAUUUUGUGUCACAGAUUGUGAGUUGAUUUUUAUAAUCAGGAAAAGUGUAAAAAACAAAAAAAAAAAGUAAAUUUAAAAAGCUCUUAAUUCCAUUAUGUUGCUGGCUAGUGUUUUAGCUGCCAGGGGUGUAGUUACAUUUCAGUUUGUGUGUUAGGUGUGACAAGCUGGACUCUGAUCACUGAACCAUUCCAAUCUGGAUACAAUUUGUUUAAAUUUAGCACCUCUCACUAUAAAACAGGUUCUGUUUCUGGAGACACUUGAUCUGGUAACACAGGUUUUGUAAGACAGAGGACGAAGUGAGCUGAGAUGCUCUCUCUGUGCCUCCCUGUGGUUUUUGAGCUGCUGUCAAAGCCAGGAGAAGAAAAUGCAGAAAUGCAAAGCUCGUUCUGCUCCACAUUAAUUUAUUUUUCAGGCUGUUCAGUAGCCCGGUCAGCAUUCAGUUACAGCAAACACCACCACAGCAUCUUUUGAUCAUUCAGCUGUUCAGAAGCUCACGUCCUUUUCCUACUGACACUUCCUUUUGUCCUUUUUUAACGCUCCUUGCACCCUCGCUGCCCAGCCUACAGAUGUUUCUUUCUCUUUAGUUUACAGGAAUUUUUCCAGUGGCAGAACUCUGUGUUCCCUGAGUCACUUUGACUGCGCAGCCUUUUAUGGUCCAUACUUUAGAUUAAGCACUGUACAUUCUCUCUGCUUUUGCCAAAAAUGAAAAACAAACAAACAAACCCAACACCAAACUUCAAGAACCCAAACCAAAAGACUUUUCCAUCCUGAUUCAGCUCACAGAGUUACCCUGAGGCUGUUAAACCAACUUAUUUUGAGCAUUGAUUGAAUGUGUAUCCAUUAUAGGACAAAAACUGUCAAAAACUGAUGUAGACAAAUGUGUUGGCAUCUCACGUUUGUGUUUUGGGCAGAUCUGUGAGAGAGUUGUCUGUCUGGUUUUUUAUUUUUUAAUUGAAAUGUUUUGAUUUUUUUUUUUCUGAAUAUAUGCGUGUGUUCUAUUUUGCUUAAUUUAAAUUAAGUCUUGUAGUUUUUAAUUUUAUUUGUUUUACUUUUUGGGCAAAGGGCAUCUGGUGAACUGGGUGACAUUUUCUGAAGGUUAAACAGAUUUACCCACAGUGUGUCUUUUUUAACAAAAGCUUAAAUCUGUAUAUUAAUUGACUUAGGAAUUAAUUUAGACAUAUAGGCUGCCAUUUGACAGCAGUAUAUUCUGAAAUGUCUCAUAGAUAUCUAUUUUUGAAUAAAGAGGGUGUCAUUGAA